AGGCUCCCAUAUAACCAAGAGCUACUCCCCUCACCUCAAGCAAGCAAAUAUCUAUGAGCUUGCACCCCAAGCUUACACCAUCCCGCUCGAGGGCUUGACCUUGAUCCAGCAUGUCAUCUUCAGUCCAAGUGAGAUGCCUUUGUGGAGAGAAUUCAGACAUUGUACCGCUGAAGUCUGCCCCACCGAUCCAAAACUCUUGGUGCUCAUGCAGUUCCUGUCGGUAUACUACGGGUGUUUUGACGCUAUCUUGUCUCCCCCUCUCACGUCCUCCAUCUUUCUUAGACGCUCUUAGCAGGUACGACUCGUCUGAGCAUUUGACCAGAUACUUUUGUGGAGAUUGCGGUAGUCAUAUGUGCGUUCAUGUCAAGAAACAUGAUGCCUGGGGUAUCUGUUCCGGAGUCAUCGACCGCUUUGAGCAAGCUGAGCAAGUUUCGAGAAUUAGCUUGGAAAAUAUCGUCCAACACGAGUUUGUGGGCGACACCAUUGACGGCGGACUCGCCGUUUCUCUGGCUGAGUCGCAUUCUCAUGCACCCAUCCCACUCUACCUGCAGGGCCCCGAUGGUCCACGCAUCCACUCAAAUCACACUCUGCCGAAAGAUACCCAGGACCCUUCACAGAGCGAGGUUCGCCUAGACCAUCUCAUGGAGCAAGAAGGCCCUGAUGGCCAAAAGAAGGAACAAGGAGCCGAGCUGAGAGCCCAAUGCCACUGCGGUGGAGUAUCCUUCUCCAUCACUAGGCCCAACCCUACCUCAAGCCUCUGUUCCUCACCUUGGCCAGACCUCUUGGUUCCCUAUCAUUCCGCCAGCUCUGAAAACCCAGAAGAUGUCAAAUGGUGGCUGCGAAAUGACGGCUCCAAGUUUUUGGCCGGUACGUGUGCAUGUAGAUCUUGCAGACUUGCUGCAGGCUCUCCUGUGCAGACCUGGGCUUUCAUCCCAAAAGCAAAUAUCUUUCAGCUCAGUGGACAACCUCUGACCUACGACUUUGGCACCUUGAAACGGGUAGAGAGUUCCCCGAAUUGCUUCCGUGAGUUUUGCCACGUUUGUGGUGCCUCGGUGUUUUGGCAUUGCCGUCAGAGACCUGACGUCGUCGAUGUGAGUGUCGGCAUUCUCAGAGCACCUGAGGGAUCUCGGGCAGGGUACUGGCUCGACUGGUGUACAGACAGAGUGAGCUUUCGGGAACAUGCUCUGGACAUGCAGCUCAUUGACCAGCUCGAGAAAGGACUCAAGAGAAUCAAGCCUGGGCAGUUAUAGCAACAUCAAAUCCUUGUCCACGUUAAUGAAGAUCGGACUGAGGGAGUGACAAGACGAGUAAAAUUCACAAGAAAUGUUUCCUGGGAUCUAUACUGCAUAGCGGCACUCUUCUCCACCGCGCUUGUAAUCGACAAUUGUGAAACAGUGACAACGACAGAUAUGUAGUAAUAAUAAUUACCUGGUAGCUUUGACC